AUGUUUAAAUUUUUAAUAUUUAUAGUUUAUAUUUUAUUAAAUUAUACAAAAGCUGAAGAUGGUCAUUGUAUAUGGUAUGGACCAUGUGGACCAAAUUCACAGGAUAAAAUAACUAAUUGUUUUUAUAAUGGUACUGCAAAAUUAUUAACUGAUGAAUCAGGAUUAAAAACAUUAGAAACAGCUUGUGGAAUGAUCUAUAAUGGUCCAAAUAAUACAUAUACUUGUUGUUCGGCUCAGCAAAUAGGUAUAAUGGCAGAUCAAUUUGGUAUGGCAAAAUUAAUGUUAGGUCGUUGUCCAUCAUGUUAUUAUAAUUUUCGUUCAUUAUUUUGUGCAAUGACAUGUUCUUCUGAUCAAAGUCGUUUUUUAACUAUUAGAGCAUUGGGUAAUAGUACAUUAUAUCCUGGUCAAACAACAGUCGAAGCUAUUGAUUAUGAUAUUGCUGAAGAUUUUUCUCAACGUAUACUUGAUUCUUGUCGAGAUGUAUUAUAUCCCGGUGGUAAUCAACAUUCGCUUGAUUCAAUGUGUGGUCGACCAUAUAAUCAAUGUACAAAAGAAGCAUUUAUGAAAUAUUUAGGUAUUGAUAAUCCUGCUGUACCAUUUCCAAUUUAUAUUAAUCUUAUAAAUGAUACAAGUGAAAAUGAAACUUUUUAUAAUCAAACAACAUUCUUAUGUAGUGAACCAAUUAUAUCAACAUAUGAAAAUAAAACAGCAUGUGGUUGUUUGGAUUGUCCAAAAUCAUGUAAUCCAUUACCACCUGAUGUACCCGAUAAAGAAUUUAAAAUAUUUAAUAUUGAUGGUUGGGUAUUUAUCGCUAUUAUAUUUAUUAUAUUAUUAUUAGCUGUAUUUAUUAUAUCGUUAUUUAUUAUACCAAAAUUUCGAAAAUCUCGACAAAUAAUUGAAGAACCAACAGAAAUAACUUCACUAAUAAAUGAACCAAUAAAAUCAAAACAAUCUGGAUAUUUAAUUCGUAUACGUCAAAGUACAGAAAAAUUUCUUGAAAAAAUAUUUUAUCGUUUGGGUCUUUUUUGUGCUCAACAUCCAUUUAUUAUUUUAUCAAUUGGUACACUUUUAAUUAUUGUUCUAUCAUGUGGUUUAUUUAAAUUUCAAGUUACAACUGAUCCUGUACAAUUAUGGUCAUCAAAAUCAAGUAUUGCUCGACAACAAAAAGAUUAUUUUGAUAAACAUUUUAAACCUUUUUAUCGUACAACACAAAUAAUUAUUGUACCUGAUGAUCAAUCAUUUGUAACAUAUUAUUAUUUAUCACCACCAGCACCUUUUAGUCAAUAUACAUUUGGACCAGUAUUUAAAUUAGAUUUUUUAUUACGUGUACUUAAUCUUCAAACAGAUAUAUUAUCACUUAAAGCUGAAUUAUAUGAAAAAAAUCAAACAAUUUAUUUAUCAGAUAUUUGUUUAAAACCAUUAGAACCUGAUAAUGAUAAUUGUACAGUUUUUUCUAUAUUACAAUAUUAUCAAAAUUCAAUUGAUAAUUUAAAUAAACAUAUUAAUGAUGAUUUUUUUACUUAUUUUGAUUAUUCAACACAUUUUAUGACAUGUUCACAAGCACCAACAACAACAAAAGAUAAUCCAUUAGGUUUAUCAUGUUUUGCUGAUUUUGGUGGUACAAUUAAUCCAUUUAUGAUAUUAGGUAAUUAUACAGAUGCAACAUAUUCAAAUGCAACAGCAUUAGUUAUAACUAUUGUUAUUGAAAAUUCAAAUGAUCCAGAAAAAAUUCAAUUAGCUGAAGCAUGGGAAAAAGUUUUUCUUGAUUAUAUGAAAAAUUUUACAGAUACUCAAACAUUUUUACGUAAUUCUGGUCGUUGGAAUGAAACAGCAAAUUUUACUGUUUAUUAUAGUGCUGAACGUUCUAUUCAAGAUGAAUUAAAUCGUCAAAGUCGUUCAGAUAUUUUAACAAUUUUAAUAUCAUAUACAAUUAUGUUUCUUUAUGUAACAUUAACACUUGGUCAUAUACGAUCUUGGAGAACAUGUUUAAUAGAUUUAAAAAUUUCUGUUGGUUUUGUUGGUGUACUUUUUGUAUUAUUAUCUGUAAUGAGUUCAAUUGGAUUUUAUUCUUAUUGUGGUAUAGCUGGUACAUUAAUUAUAUUUGAAGUUAUACCAUUUCUUGUCUUAGCUGUUGGUGUUGAUAAUAUAUUUAUUAUAGUACAACAUUUUGAAAAAACUAAAUAUGAAAAAUAUUCAUCAAUAGAUACAUGUUUAGCAACAACAAUAAGUCGUAUUGGUCCAUCAAUAUUAUUAACAGCAUCAAGUGAAUCAAUUGCUUUUGCACUUGGUGCAUUAACACCAAUGCCAGCUGUACAAAUUUUUUCUUUAUAUGCAUUUAUGGCUGUAUUUAUUGAUUUUUUACUUCAAAUAACUUGUUUUGUAUCCAUACUUUCACUUGAUUCUAAACGACAACAAUCUAAUCGACCUGAUUUAUGUUGUUGUUAUUCAAUAAAAUCUACAUUAACAAAUAAUCAAAUAGAAGAUAGAUCAAAAGGAAUAUUACAAAAAAUAUUUAUGAAUAUAUGGACACCUAUGGUAUUAGGUAUAUCUUAUAUACGUGCAAUAUUAUUUUCAUUAUUUAUUAUUGCAACAUGUUUAUCAUUAUCAAUUAUACAUCGUAUACCAAUUGGUCUUGAUCAAAAAUUAUCUAUGCCAAAAGAUUCUUAUGUAUUAGAUUAUUUUCGUGGUUUAGAAAAUUAUUUAAGUGUUGGUCCACCUGUUUAUUUUGUUGUUAAUCAAAAUGCAAUUGAUUAUAAAAAAAUUGAUGAACAAAAUUUAUUAUGUGGUACAUCAGGUUGUUCAUCAAUAUCAUUACUUGGACAAAUAGGACAAGCAUUACGACAACCACAACAUUAUUAUUUAGCACAACCACCAUCAUCAUGGCUUGAUGAUUAUUUUGAUUGGUUACAAUCAACAAAUGAUCCACCUUGUUGUAGAAUAAAUAAUCAAACAAAUGAAUUUUGUCCAGCUACAUUAAAUAAUACAUUAUGUUUACCAUGUCCAAUAGAAUUUCUUGAAAAUCAACGACCAUCUGAAUAUGAUUUUCAACAAUAUAUAGAAUAUUUUUUAAUUGAUAAUCCAGGUGAAAAAUGUCCUAAAGGUGGUCAUGCUGCAUAUCAUGAUGGUGUUGAAUUAAUUAAUAAAACUUAUGUUAAAAGUUCAUAUUUUAUGGGUUUUCAUUCUGUACUUAAAACAUCAAAAGAUUUUAUUGGUGCUAUGAAAAGUGCUAAUGAAAUAACAAAAAAUAUUUCAAAAACAAUUCUUAGUAAUCAAAGUCAUCCAUAUCAUGAUUCAAAUAAACUUGAAGAUUAUCCAGUUUUUCCAUAUAGUAUUUUCUAUGUAUUUUAUGAUCAAUAUUUAACAAUAUGGCGUAAUCUUAUUGUUAAUUUAUUAUUAUCAUUUACUGCUGUAUUUAUUGUAACAUCUAUAUUACUUGGUUUUGAUUUUCAUACAUCAUUUCUUAUUCUUCUAUGUGUAUUUAUGAUUAUAAUUGAUAUUUUUGGUGUUAUGUUUUUAUGGAAUAUUGAACUUAAUGCUGUAUCUGUUGUAAAUAUAGUUAUGUCUGUUGGUAUUGCAGUUGAAUUUUGUGCUCAUAUAGCUCGUUAUUUUGCUGUUAGUCCAGGUGAUAAUCAAUUAAUACGUGCUCGAAUAGCAUUAUCUGAAAUGGGUAGUUCUGUAUUUAGUGGUAUAACAUUAACAAAAAUAGGUGGUGUUGUAGUACUUGCAUUUGCUAAAUCACAACUUUUCCAGGUGUUUUAUUUUCGUAUGUAUUUUUCAUUAGUUAUUAUUGGUGCAUUACAUGGUUUAGUUUUUCUUCCGAUAUUACUCAGUUAUUUUGGACCACAAUCAGUAACAGUGAUUAAUGAUAAAGAAUGUCAAAAUCAAAUAAAUACAUCCAAUAAUAGUUCAUCAAGUGGAAUGAUUAUUGAUGAAAAUGUACAGACUAUACCUGAUUAUUCAAUAAAUACAUAA